UGACGUACAGCGGGGGAGGCUUUCGAAGGUGGCGGCUUCCCCCCCCGUCCCCCCCGCAGACAUCCUCGAUAAACCCAUCGAGACCUAAACUUCGUCCCUCGCCUUUUCCCCCUCCCCUGCAAUGAUGCAUCGCCGGGGGGUGGGGGCCGGUGCCAUCGCCAAAAAGAAGUUGGCAGAGGCCAAAUAUAAGGAGCGUGGAACAGUUUUAGCUGAAGACCAGUUAGCCCAGAUGUCCAAGCAACUGGACACGUUUAAAACUAACCUGGAAGAGUUUGCCAGUAAACACAAGCAAGAGAUCCGUAAAAAUCCCCAGUUCAGGGUCCAAUUCCAGGACAUGUGUGCAACAAUUGGUGUUGAUCCACUAGCCUCUGGCAAAGGAUUUUGGUCAGAAAUGCUGGGUGUUGGAGAUUUUUACUAUGAGCUAGGUGUCCAGAUUAUUGAAGUUUGUCUGGCUUUGAAGCACAGAAAUGGAGGUUUAAUCACACUGGAGGAACUCCACCAGCAAGUGCUCAAAGGACGAGGGAAAUUUGCUCAAGAUGUCAGCCAGGAUGACCUCAUCCGAGCAAUUAAGAAGCUAAAAGUUCUAGGAAAUGGUUUUGGGAUUCUUCCUGUUGGUGGGACAUACCUGAUCCAGUCUGUGCCGGCAGAACUGAACAUGGACCACACCGUUGUGAUACAGCUUGCUGAGAAAAAAGGGUUCGUGACCAUCAGUGAAAUCAAGUCAAGUUUAAAAUGGGAGGCAGAACGAGCCAAACAGGUGCUGGAUCAUUUGCUGAAAGAAGGUAUGGCGUGGCUUGAUACCCAGGCUCCAGCAGAACCACAGUACUGGCUUCCAGCCCUCUUCACAGAGCUUUACUCUCAGGAAAUCACACCAGAAGAAGCAAAGGAAGCUUUACCUUGACUACCAAAAAAAGGAGACAGAGUGAUCUGAACAUCUUCUCUUGAGCAGAAUGACACGAUGACUGAGCCAAAAUCAAAUGGUUGUCAACAGCCAUUGAAUUUUUGUUACAAUCUUUAUAAAAAAACAUCUGUAUAACCAAAACUCAGUGGGCUAAUCUGAAAUGGGAAAUGAAAAAUCUUGAUUUUGUUAUAAAGCUUCUAGUUCUCCUAAAGGUGGAGGAAAUCGCUAGAAAUCUAUGAAAGGGGAAGUGGAAGUGACUUGGGAUGAAAGUCAGUUGGGUGAGGUACUGUUGUGUAUUUCUUUCCCAUUUGUGAAUUAUGCAAUUAGGGGGUUUCUGGCAGAUGUGGUUCUAUGUAUAUUGGGUCCCUUCAGCAGUAAGGGUUCUAUGUAUACCUCAUGGCGAGGGAAAAUUUCUAGUCCUGUAAAGACAGAUCUUAGUCUGUCUUAAUCUAUGGGCAGUGCCUGGUACAGGUACAGAAAUUCAGGGCAAUGUGUCAUUGGUUCACAAGUUCUGUCUUCAUACUUGAAAGGAGUAAGAUCAUGUAUGCCUCAGCAAGCUGAAAUCAGGGUACUUGUUUCUAGACUUGUAGUCCUUUUUGUUUUUUACUAUAGCUCCCAAAAUCCCCAGCCAGACUUGCCAGUGGCCAUAAAGGCUGGAGGACUGUGAGAGUUGUAAUCCAAAAAGGAACUUUUCUAGGUUUUAGCUUAAUCUUUAGGGCAUGAGAGUGGAUAAUAACUUACCAGUCUUUUAAAGAGUGUUCAUCUACUUCUCUAUAGCCUUGUUGUGCUUUUGCCCAAGAAAUCAUAAUGUUCUAUUUUCAUGCAUUGUAUUAUCAUUGAUUUUCACAGGGCUAAGAUCUCAGCAGAGAUUGAGGUUAUAAGAACAGGCAGGAAAACAAGAUUCAUAUGGAGAUAUGUUCAUUUGGGAUGAAGAAUGCAAGUUGGGUGGCAGUGAUGAGUUACUUGAUAUGGACUGUCUUAGGGCAGGAAAAGCAGGCAGCGUUUAUUGUCAAAUCAUUGCCUCUCUAGUUCUGUGCUGUAUGUAUGCAGAGCUAAUCUUGAUAUCAAGAUAGAUGCUUCAAAGAG